ACUCGCCCUGUCAGCGAGCGAGCCGGGAUCCGCGCCCCCUGCCCAGCCCGGCUGCGCCCUGCACAGCCCACUCGGGCGGGGAAACGCCGCGCCGCCCUGGGGAGACUCAGAGCAGCAGCGGCAGCGGCGGCAGCAGCAGGACCCCUCCUCCCUCCCUGCAUCCCCGGCCCCGCUUCCCUCCCUCCCCGGCUCCUCACACGCCGGGAGCCCCUCUCGCCGCAGCCCGGGCUCGGCUCCAGGGGACGAUGCUCUGGCUCUCCAGCGGCAGGGCUCUGGCUCCGCUGCUCCGCUCCCCCGCGCUCCCCUUCGCCGCCUGGCUCCUGCUCAGCCCCCUUUGGGUCCAGAUGUCUCUGGCUUCCUCCUUCCUGACAGGAUCUGUUGCAAAAUGUGAAAAUGAAGGGGAAGUUCUACAGAUACCAUUUAUCACAGACAAUCCUUGUAUAAUGUGCAUUUGCCUGAAUAAGGAAGUGACAUGCAAACGAGAGAAGUGUCCGGUGCUUUCCAAGGAGUGUUCUCUGGUCAUUAAGCAGAGAGGAGCCUGCUGUGAGCAAUGCAAAGGUUGCACUUUUGAAGGAAACCCCUACAACAGCUCUAUGAAAUGGCAAGUCCCAGCUAAUCCAUGUAUUGCAUAUCAAUGUCAGGAAGGAGUGGUAACUGCAUCUCAGAUUCUGUGUGUUGUUCAUUGCAAAAACCCUUCUGAGCUGCCAGGAAUGUGUUGCCCCACUUGUCCAGGUUGUAUAUUUGAAGGUAGACAUUACCAUGAAGGGAAGGAAUUUCAGCCUGAAGGAAACAAAUGCACCAAGUGUUCUUGUAUUGGAGGCAGAACACACUGCGUACAAGAAGUCUGCCCCAUUCUGUCAUGUCCCCAGCAUCUCAGUCACAUUCCUUCUGGACACUGUUGCCCCAAAUGUUUAGGCCAGAGGAAAGUGUUUGACCUCCCAUUUGGAAGCUGCCUCUUUCACAGUGAUGUUUAUGACAAUGGAUCCUCUUUCAUUUAUGACAACUGCACUAUGUGUACCUGUAGGAAUUCUACAGUGGUAUGUAAGAAGAAGUGCUCACCUCCUGGAGAAUGCAAUAAAAGCAAGGAACACUGCUGCAAGGAGUGUGUCUCAUACAUCUCUCCUGAGGAAUUGAAAGUGUGCAAAUUCGGGAAUAAGAUCUUUCGGGAUGGAGAGAUGUGGUCCUCUGUUAACUGCACCAUCUGUGCUUGUGUGAAAGGCAAGACAGAGUGUCGCAAGAAGCAGUGCAUUCCAGUCAACAGCUGCCCUCAUGGCAAGAUCCUGAACAGAAAAGGAUGCUGUCCUAUUUGCACUGAAAAGCCUGGAGUUUGCACUGUAUUUGGAGACCCCCACUACAACACUUUCGAUGGAAGGACAUUUAACUUUCAGGGAACAUGUCAGUACGUUUUGACGAAAGACUGCUCCUCCUCUGCCUCGCCCUUCCAGGUGCUGGUGAAAAACGAUGCCCGUCGGACCCGUUCUUUCUCCUGGACAAAAUCUGUGGAUCUUGUGUUGGGCAGAAACACUAUCAGCCUCCAGCAGCACCUCACAGUGAAAUGGAAUGGGACCCGGAUAUCACUGCCUUGCGAGACUCCUCAGUUUCAGAUUGACUUGGAUGGUUACUUGCUGAAAGUGACAACCAAAGCAGGCUUGGAAAUCUCCUGGGACGGAGACAGCUUUGUCGAAGUCAUGGCUGCACCACAUCUGAAAGGCAAACUCUGUGGCUUGUGUGGCAACUAUAAUGGGCACAAGAGAGAUGACCUGGUAGGAGGUGACGGGAAUUUUAAGUUUGAUGUGGAUGACUUUGCUGAGUCCUGGCGUGUGGAGUCGAAUGAGUUCUGCAGUCGCCCACAGAAGAAACCUGUGCCUGAACUGUGCCAAGGAACAGUGAGGGUAAAACUUCGGGCCCACCGGGAAUGCCAGAAACUCAAGGCUUGGGAGUUUCAGAAUUGUCACUCAACGGUGGAUUAUACUACAUUCUAUCGGUCCUGUGUAACAGAUAUGUGUGAGUGUCCAGUUCAUAAAAAUUGCUACUGCGAGUCAUUCCUUGCUUAUGCCCGAACCUGUCAGAGAGAAGGGGUGAAAGUCCAAUGGAAACCUGAGCAGCACUGUGCAGCAACCCAGUGUAAACAUGGUGCAGUGUAUGAUACCUGUGGCCCUGGAUGUGUCAAAACAUGUGACAACUGGAAUGAGAUUGGUCCAUGCAAUAAGCCAUGUGUUGCAGGUUGCCACUGUCCAGCAAACUUAGUUCAUCACAAAGGAAGAUGCAUCAAGCCAGUCCUCUGUCCACAACGGUGACAUUAGUUCUAUCUCCAAGGACUAUAAUGUUGGUAUCUUUGAUACCUUUGAAGCUCACAGCCAAUGAAGGACUGCGCUGUUUGUAUGCAGAUUCUGCAUAGUACACACAUACUUAAUGUUUGUGUAUAUAUGUGUGUGUAUGUAUAUUUAUGUGUCUAUAUAUACACACACAGGCACAUAUAUACAUUUAUUUAUAUAUACACACACAAAUGUAUAUACAUUUAUAUAUAAAUGUAUACUGUGUGUGUAAAUACACAUCUGUACAUCAAAUAUAAAUACAACAUAUAUAUAUAUAUACACACAGAGAAAUAUACAUCAUUUAUGUAAACAAUAAAAGGAUGAAUUAUUUUAUGUAUAUUUUUUGCUAUAAAGUUUAUGUAUUAUUUGUAGGAUCCUAAUCUGUAAUCCAUUUAAGUCAUUGUACAAAUAAAACAGGUGUUUUUAAUACAAUAUAGUGGCAUGAAAACAUUGGAUGACUUUGACAUUGCAUAAACUUGUAGUUUCCCAGGAAAUUUUUCUAGGGCCAUAGCAUUGCCAGACUGGAUUAUCUUCAACUGAGAAUCUGGAUUUACAGUUUUACAGGAAACAUGUUUCUUUCGAGAUGGAGGAUUUAUCUAGAAAUAUUUCAUGUGUACCUCAGAGCUGUCUAGUGAUUGGUGACAGUGUUUAAUGGUGCAGAGAAAGCUAGGGAUUGGAUUUUAUGCUUAAUUGAAUCACUGUAUAAAAUGACUUCCAAAACUGGAUUGGCCAACUGCCAAUAAAGAGAGAUUUGGUUUUGGAACAGAACCAAAGAAUCAAUGGCCAGAUUCUCAAAAGUGUUCAACAUGCAGCAGCUCCCAUUGAAAAACUGACCUCUUAUCAUUUAAUAAAUUAAAUAUCCUAUAUGUGUUGUUAUAUUUGGCAUUAACUGGGAAUGAACAGUAAAGAACCAGGAAAAAAAACUUUAGCCCCCUUACCAUGUUUUAAACCACUGGUUUUGUUUCAUAUAUUCUUAGAAAUAUUAUUGGAUAAACAAAACUUAAAUAUUGUGAAGUAAGAUGCAAUUUGAUUUUUCUGCAGCUUGAUACUUAAAAUAACAUUGGCUCCCUUUCUUAGUAACGCAUUUCAUUGGUCAGCAGGUUUAGAACCCAAAGGAAAAUUCUCCCAAAGAACAGUGUAGAAAAUGUUAAACGAUAAAUGCCGGCAGCUCACCAAUUUCAUCUAUCUUCAUGAACUAAGGGUAUGUAUUCACUACCGGAAGGAUCGGCGGGCAGCGAUCGAUACAGCGGGGAUCGAUUUAUCGCAUCUAGUCUAGACAAGUGGGGAUCGAUUUAUUGCGUCUAGACUAGACGUGAUAAAUCGAUCCCUGAGCCCUCUCCCAUUGACUCCUGUACUCCAGCUCGGCAAGAGGCACAGGCAGAGUCGAUGGGGGAGCAGCAGCAGUCAACUCACCGUAGUGAAGACACCGCGGUAAGUAGAUCUAAGUAUGUCGACUUCAGCUACGUUAGUCACGUAGCUGAAGUUGCGUAACUUAGAUCGAUUUCCACCCCCACCCUCCAGUGUAGACCAGGCCUUAUAGAUUUGUGAAGUUUGCUUGACUGCUGAAAUCUUCCAAUGGAGAUGCAGUGAGAUGUGAUUCCACCAAACAUCAUAAUUUAUGCUGUGCAGCUCUCUCAAGCUGGGGGGCAUGGGGGUGGUGAGUUACACUUCCCUUGCCAUGGAAACCUCCAGUAGGGUCUGAUCAAUGGGAAUCUUCAGUAGGCAUUCGAUGUGAACUUAUAAUGAAGUCACCUUUUUUCCCCACGGCGCUACUUCACUAUAAUUGAAACUUCUCUAACUUGAAUUGAAAUUGCACUUCAUAAUGUCUGGGAAAAAAAUCAGGACUUUACUCUACUUCUCUUCAACAGAAGCUUCACUGUGUCUGAAUUCACUCCGAGUAAAAGGGCAUAACAGUUUCUAGUUAUAUAUGGUUAUGAUGGUGUCAUGGGUGAAGCUAUUUGGUAAGCAGAUCUAACACAGCAUAAUCAUAUGCAAAAUUCUACAUACACUAGUGUUAAACACAGCUGGGUCAAUAAUUCCAAAAGUUUUCCAUGAAUGUUUGUCUAAAACUUUUUAAAUUUGACGGUCACUUCAUGAGCACUCCAUGUUUGUUUUUUCUGUGAACAUUCAAGUGAUUCAGUUUUAUGGGCAAAAAGGGUUUAUGGAAAGCAAAUUUCAAAGUCUCACAUACAAGUAUUUGUGAAAAACCAAACUGUAAAUGUGCAAGUGCUCAUCCAAUCAGGACACAGAAACAAUACUGUGUGACUUAUCUAAUCAAUCACACAUUGCAACAAUGCUGCUGAAAUUCAGAAUGUUUGCAAUCAGUCUAUAGAGUAAAAAGAUGAAAUGAUAGUUGCUAAUAAAUUUCAAAUAUCAAUUAAAUCUGAGGAAAUAGCAGUCUGUUUGGGAUAUUCCACAGGGGGGGUGGGAGUGGGGCUAAAUCCAUUGAACAUGUUAUUUGCCCCGCUCUAGUAUUAAGUGUUUUUUUUUUUAAUUUUUACAAAUCCAUCAAUAAAACUUACUUAAAAAUGAACAAAGGUUAAGCAGAACACACACAAACUGCUCAUGGUGAAUAUUGUGCAUCUCCUGAGAUUUUUCACCAGGUUUUUGUUCUGAGUGAUCAUGAUGAAUGAAAGGUAAAGAAACAUGUCCUCAGUUGCUAUAUGUCAGUAUAGCUCCACCGGUAAAUAAAGCUAGGGCUGUUUACACCAGAUGAAGCCUAGGUGUGGCCCAAAGUUUCUGUGAAAAAACAAACUCUUAGGCUAGACUGUUUCAGUUUGGACCCUGAGCUGGAUAUCAACUCAGAUACAUCAUAGCUUAGCUUUGCUUUGUUAUAGCUUCCUAGUUAAUUACACUCUGGGGCUGUAGGGUACCAACGGUUCCUUUGCCUAGCACUCAAGGGAAUGGUAGGGCUGUACUGUGCCCUGCUCAUGGGGGUAAAGAGGCUGCCUUCUCCACCCCUGAGACCCAUGCAUGAUUGGACACAGUAUCACUGUUAAGGUUUUAUUCAGCAGAAAUUCCACAUGAACAUUUGUAAUGCCCUGCGCCCAGCUGAGGAAUUCAGCAUAAAUAUCAGCUGGGAAUGCAGAAGCUAUUUGCCUGUCCCCUUCCUCCCAAAAUAUUAUAAGAUUGCAGUCUUGACUCGCUUGAAGUCAAUAGCAGAACUCCCAUUAAUUUCACUGGAGCAAGGAUUUCAUCACAGAUGCCUUCUUAAUAGAGCUACUCAGAGGUGCUGAAUUAAUUUUACUCCUGCCAUCCUUCCUCUGUGAAAUAUUAAUCCUGAUACACUAGAGCUGGAAACUUCUGGUAUAUGGCUAUAGAUAUUAUUUUUGUAAUUUGCCAAACAGAUCUAGCUUUAAUAUACCAUGAUUCAUAGAUUAUAGGACUGAAAGGGACCUCGAGAGGUCAUCGAGUCCAGUCCCCUGCCCUCAUGGCAGGACCAAAUACUGUCUAGACCAUCCCGGAUAGACAUUUAAUCUAACCUAUUCUUAAAUAGCUCCAGAGAUGGAGAUUCCACAACCUCCCUAGGCAGUUUAUUCCGGUGUUUAACUGCCCUGACAGUUAGGAACUUUUUCCUAAUGUCCAACCUAAACCUCCCUUGCUGCAGUUUAAGCCCAUUGCUUCUUGUUCUAUCCUUAGAGGCUAAGGUGAAUACGUUUUCUCCCUCCUCCUUAUGGCACCCUUUUAGAUACCUGGAAACUGCUAUCAUGUCCCCUCUUGUCCCCUCUCAGUCUUCUCUUUUCUAAAGAAAACAAACCCAAUUCUUUCAGCCUUCCUUCAUAUCUUUUCAUAGAAUAUCAGGGUUGGAAGGGACCUCAGGAGGUCAUCUAGUCCAACCCCCUGCUCAAAGCAGGACCAAUCCCUAGACAGAUUUUUGCCCUAGAUCCCUAAGUGGCCCCCUCAAGGAUUGGGCUCACAACCCUGGGUUUAGGAGGGCAAUGCUCAAACCACUGAACUAGCUGCCUACCCAUGCUCCUUCCUAUUUCUGACUCAUCUCCCAGGUCUCCACGUUCCCCACUUACCUGUGGGCUUUGUUCACCUGUCCCCGUUGAACCUAGUUUAAAGCCCUUCUCACUAGGUUAGCCAGUCUGUGUCCAAAUAGGGUCUUUCCCCUCCUCGAAAGGUGAAUGCCAUCUCUGCCUAGCAGAUGAUAGUGUAUUUUUAACCAUUGGCUCAGGAGCAAUGUACUGGUUGCUGUUUUGAUAUUCUUGGAUGGAAAUCAUACUCUGAUACCUGCAUCAAGUUUGUGCAUUAAAACGUUGACAUUGCUUAUGCCUAUCUGUUAGUGUGACUCUGUGCAAAUUCAAAGGGUGAUGCAUGUUUCAAAAGAGCACAGGUUCUAACCAAACAAUGGUCUAAAAGGAAAGCCCAUAGAGAGGCACUGUAGUCCAAUGGGUGAAAUAGAGGACUGGGAGUCAAGAGACCAGAGUUGUAUUUUUAGCUCUGCUACUAACCUGUCGUGUGACCAUUAGCAAGUCAUUUAAUCUCUGUGCCUCCAUUUCCAGCUCAAGAAAAUGGAAUUGAUAUUUACUCAUCUUUGUAAAGUGCUUUGAGGUAAAUUGAUUAAAAA